UGGCUCCGCCAAUCAGCGUCCAGUUUCGCAGAAGUGUAUGACAGAGAUAUUGUAAGGCUGUAGUGGAAUAGAAGAUUAACUAAAGUGGUCGUUCUCCACUGUAGUGUGCUUGUUUUUCGUGUUUUUAGUAAGUAUGGAGGAGGAAUUCACCCAGUUACGGUGUUUCCGGGAAUAUCAUAAAUCUGAGUUAUUUAAGGACGACGGCGUGGAGACUGUGACAUCAGUCGAACAGAAAAAAGUGGAAGACACCAUCCAACAAGUAUUAAGCGCCUACCUGCAGAAUCAUAAAAUACCACAGCCUGAGCUUCUGAGAGAUCAGCAUUGUGCUUAUCUGAAGAGAGGGCUACGCCAUCUCUCUGAUGCGUAUGAGUGUCUGGAUGCCAGCCGGCCUUGGCUUUGCUACUGGAUCCUGCAUAGCCUGGAGCUGCUGGAUAAGCCUGUGCCCACCUCCAUCUCCUCAGAUGUCUGCCAGUUUCUGGCGCGGUGCCAGUGCCCGACGGGCGGCUUUGCCGGUGGUCCAGGUCAGCAGGCUCACCUGGCACCCACGUACGCGGCCGUCAACGCCCUCUGCAUCAUUGGCACUGAGGAGGCCUACAGUGUCAUCGACAGACAGAAGCUUCUGGACUUCCUGUACUCCGUCAAGCAGCCUGACGGCUCCUUCGUCAUGCACGUGGGCGGCGAGGUGGACGUCAGGAGUGCGUACUGCGCCGCCUCAGUGGCUUCCCUGACGAAUAUCAUUACACCUACACUGUUCACCGGGACGCCCGGCUGGAUUGUCAGCUGCCAAAACUGGGAGGGGGGUCUGGGCGGCAUGCCAGGCCUGGAGGCCCACGGUGGGUACACCUUCUGUGGCAUGGCGGCCAUGGUCAUCCUUGGGAAGGAGGACAUGCUGGACCUCAGAUCCUUGUUGCGCUGGGUGGCCAGCCGGCAGAUGCGCUUCGAGGGGGGCUUUCAGGGCCGCUGCAACAAGUUAGUUGACGGCUGCUACUCCUUCUGGCAAGCAGGCCUGCUGCCCCUUCUACACCGAGCGCUCUAUAAGGAGGGUGAGCUAGCUCUCAGCCAGGCCAGCUGGAUGUUCGAGCAGCAGGCCCUGCAGGAGUACAUCUUGCUCUGCUGCCAAAACCCUGCCGGUGGCCUGCUAGACAAGCCUGGAAAAUCCAGGGAUUUCUAUCACACCUGCUACUGCUUGAGCGGCCUGUCUGUAGCCCAGCACUUUGGCGGUCGGGAUGUUCACCUGGAGCUGGUUAUCGGAAAGGAUGACAACCGCCUGGAGCCGACGCACCCCGUCUACAACAUCAGCCCUGAAAACGUGACUCAGGCCAUCACGUGGUUCCAGCAGCAGCCUGUCCCCGUGCCCAAGGAGCCGGCCAGCACCUCCUAGGUCCCGAAGCCUUUUGGUUUUUGUUGCUCCGCUGAUUUUUGCUACAAACUUUGUACAGAAGCAGGUGCCGCUUUUCAGAGGCACGAAGAAUCCACUUUCGUCCAGCUCUGAAUACAAAGCACCCCGAACUCCAGCUGAAGAAAAAAAUGGAACGUCUUUAUUUUUAGUUACUAAUAAAAGUUCAAAUGUCCCGA